AUGUCCUUCAAACCGUUCGCAGAAGGACCAGAUCGUCCGAAGCAGGUCAUAUCGCUCGGAUUCUAUCGUACGGGCUCUCAUUCACUCAGACACGCCCUGACAAUACUUGGCUACCAAGAUGUUUUCCACUCCUCUGCUAUGGCAAAGGAUACCGAUAGAUGGGUAGGCCUUGGUGCUGCAGCAGAUGACAACAUUCCAUGUCUGCCGACGUAUACCGGGCGUACCUGGACAAGAAAAGACUGGAACGCCUAUGUGGGACCCUGUGAAGCCCUGACAGACAUCGCACCCUUUGCCUACCCCUUACUUCGUGAAUUUCCAGAAGCCAAAGUAAUCCUUGUGCAACGAGACUUCGACUCGUGGGCACGAAGCUUCGAACAAACACUCAUUCUUCCUUCUUCGCAAACCUUCUUAGCUUGGCUGAGUGGCAACAUCAUGGAACCGUUCAUUGGAAUUCAAAUCAGCCAGACCGCCUGGAAGAUGUACAUGGGUCUUUUGGGAGUGUGCAGCAUGGAGAAAACCAAGGACCGUAAAAUCAUGCGGGCUGCGUAUCAGCGUCAUUAUGAUCAAGUUCGAAGCCUGGUGACUUCAGAUCGCCUUUUGGAAAUCGAUCUCGGGGAUCUAGGAUGGGAACCCCUGUGCAACUUCCUGGGUAAGAGUAUCCCAGACGUUCCUUUCCCGCGCUUGAAUGAAUCGCGGGUCUUUAGGGAUGAAUUGCGGAGGUUGCAUUGGAUAAGCCUCCGCGCAGGUGGUUUGAAGGCUCUGGCUCCCGCUUUUGGGGUAUUGUGCGUGCUUUUAGCAUUCAGGCUUCUAUGGAGUUAG